AAAGUCCUUAAGGCAGGAGUUCCCGCUAUAAAUUGCAUUGGAUUUCCUUAAAACUACAUGAAAGAAAUGUUCCAAUUUGUGGAAACUGGCGUCGAGUUUUAUUGGAUCAUUGUUUAUACGGAGGCCGUCAUUUUUGAAAUUAUUCCGUCGAUUUAAAUUCCAUUCACAACUGUUUUGUUAAUUUUGGAGUUAAGGAGAAGCAAGAACAUAAUUCAGUAAACGUCAAGAGAACAGAU